GACAGUGGUGGGUAUACAAGAUGCCAGUGCAAGGUGCAGAGGUGGGUACAGGGGAGAAAGUUUCAUACACAGACAGUGGUGGGUAUACAAGAUGCCAGUGCAAGGUGCAGAGGUGGGUACAGGGGAGAAAGUUUCAUACACAGACAGUGGUGGGUAUACAAGAUGCCAGUGCAAGGUGCAGAGGUGGGUACAGGGGAGAAAGUUUCAUACACAGACAGUGGUGGGUAUACAAGAUGCCAGUGCAAGGUGCAGAGGUGGGUACAGGGGAGAAAGUUUCAUACACAGACAGUGGUGGGUAUACAAGAUGCCAGUGCAAGGUGCAGAGGUGGGUACAGGGGAGAAAGUUUCAUACACAGACAGUGGUGGGUAUACAAGAUGCCAGUGCAAGGUGCAGAGGUGGGUACAGGGGAGAAAGUUUCAUACACAGACAGUGGUGGGUAUACAAGAUGCCAGUGCAAGGUGCAGAGGUGGGUACAGGGGAGAAAGUUUCAUACACAGACAGUGGUGGGUAUACAAGAUGCCAGUGCAAGGUGCAGAGGUGGGUACAGGGGAGAAAGUUUCAUACACAGACAGUGGUGGGUAUACAAGAUGCCAGUGCAAGGUGCAGAGGUGGGUACAGGGGAGAAAGUUUCAUACACAGACAGUGGUGGGUAUACAAGAUGCCAGUGCAAGGUGCAGAGGUGGGUACAGGGGAGAAAGUUUCAUACACAGACAGUGGUGGGUAUACAAGAUGCCAGUGCAAGGUGCAGAGGUGGGUACAGGGGAGAAAGUUUCAUACACAGACAGUGGUGGGUAUACAAGAUGCCAGUGCAAGGUGCAGAGGUGGGUACAGGGGAGAAAGUUUCAUACACAGACAGUGGUGGGUAUACAAGAUGCCAGUGCAAGGUGCAGAGGUGGGUACAGGGGAGAAAGUUUCAUACACAGACAGUGGUGGGUAUACAAGAUGCCAGUGCAAGGUGCAGAGGUGGGUACAGGGGAGAAAGUUUCAUACACAGACAGUGGUGGGUAUACAAGAUGCCAGUGCAAGGUGCAGAGGUGGGUACAGGGGAGAAAGUUUCAUACACAGACAGUGGUGGGUAUACAAGAUGCCAGUGCAAGGUGUAGAGGUGGGUACAGGGAAGGUUUCAUAUGCAGACAGUGGCGGGUAUACAAGCUGCCAGUCCAAGAGGUGGGAAAAGGGGAGGUUUCAGACACAGACAAUGGCGGGUAUAUGAAACAAGCUGCCAGAAGAAAGGGUAGAGGUGGGUACUGAGGAGAAGGUUUCACACACAGAGGAUGGCAAGUACAUGGAACGAGUUGCCAAAGGAAGAGGUAGAGCGAGGUAGAGCCCAUCUAGUCCAUGCUGAACUAUUACUCUGUCAUGUCAAGGCGGCUUGACAUUUUCCCAUGCAUCCAUUUUGGUCUGGCUCUGCCCUUGGGGGUUUUGAUGGGAGACCGGGGAUGGAGCAUUAAGGCUGCAGCCAAUCUGUCCAGCACACCUUUAGUGGGAUGGCCUCAAAGGAGUGUUGCCCUGAUGGGAGCCAGUGCCCCCUUGCCACUGGAUAAUCAACAUGAGGGUAUUCCCUCAUGCCUACAGGGUGGUAUAGAAGGAAACUUUAGGGGGUGCUAUGCUAGCCUACAGGCCAAAUCAUUGGGUAUAUUUAAAGUGGAGGUUGAUAGGCAUGUAAUUAGCAAGGGGAGAAGGCAGGAGGAUGGGGAUUUUGAAACUCUGCUCAGCCAAUCAACAUGUUUAAUUGGACGGCUUCAAGGGAGUUUUACCUUGGCGGGAACCUACACUACAGUCUCUGCAGAUAACUGGGUCUACAGGGGUCAAGGAGGAAAUUUGGGGCGGGGGGGGGUGGUAUGCCAGCCUAUGUAUUUUGAACUGCUCAGCCAAUCAAAAUGUUUUUCAGGUCUAUUGCCCUGAGUAGCACUCGGAGGAAAUACUGUUUAGA